GACAGGGGGCUCUCUGGGGACACGGGACCCGGCAGCUGGGGAGGCUUGAAUGGGGGGUCCUGGCGAGCCCCGUCCCGGGGUGCGGGCCGGGGUGUCCCGGGAUCGUGGCCACUCGAGGGUGACUGGGGGCGGGCCCGGUCCCUCCCGGCGGGGGCGGCCGCUGGAGCCCGAGGCGGGACGGGUACAGGAACGGGCGCACCGGUACCGGCACCGGCCCCGACCCCGGCCUGCGGUACCGGGACUAUGGCGGGGCUGGCGCGGUGCCAGCGCGAGGCCGAGGAGGUGGCAGAGCUGAUGCGACAGAACGUGGCGAGUGCACUGGAGCGGGAGGGACACCUGGAGCAGCUGCAGAGCCGGGCCCAGGACCUGCGACAGGCGAGCGAAGCCUUCACCCGCACCACACAGAUGGUGACGCGGCGCCAGCGCAGGAGACACCGGCGGUGGCACCUGGUGGCCCUCGGCCUCGGCCUCCUCCUCCUCUUCAUCCUGGCGCUGGCACUGGCGCUGGCCCUGGCACGGUCAUCCCCUGGCACUGUCACCAGCACUGUCCCCACCCCACAGUGGGGGACCAAGCACCCGCCCAGCACUGCAGGGACCCCAUGAGGACAGAGCCUGAGGGACCAUAACAAAUAACUAAAUAAAUAAAUAACCCACCACAAACACCAGGACUUCUUGGGGAGACCCCACAAUAACAACAACGAACCAGCGGGGUGAUCCUUGGGGCGACCCUACAAUGAAUAAACGCCAAGAUCUGCUCUGAAGAGAUCCUACAAUAAAAACUCUGCAAGACCCACUCAAGGGGAACACUACAACAAGCAGCAGGAGCUCUUUGGGAAGACCCUACGAUCCCAAACCAGGAGAAUGAACUUCGGGGAGACCCUAUAAUAAAUUAAUAAAUACCA